AGCUGGAAUUUGUAAAUAAUCUUAAUUAUUGGAGAAUGGAGACCCAACCCUUUUUAAUAAUUCAUCAAAAAGAGAGACUUGAAGAAGUCGUCGCCCUGCAAAAAUAUUACUUCUAUGUUCUCCUCCAAGCUGAUAUCUAUCAUUAGCCAGAUCCACACCCAACAACUUGUGCAUCCUUAAUUCAUCCGGAGCUAUGGAAGCAGCUUUAGUGUCUGCUGCUUCUCGCUUCAUGGUCCAGAAUGUGUCAGAUCUCCUCCAACUCGAGGAGAAACUCAAGGCAAUAACUGCAAGUAACAAAACGAAGAUGAAGAAGCUCAAGGAGUUGUCCACGAUCAUUGACAAGGUGAUCCAAGAUGUUGACUCCCGCCCUCUUAUUGAUGCUGCUGUGAAGAACUUGCUGACGAAGCUCAAAUACUUGGCCUACGAUCUCGAGGAUGUUGUGGAUUGCUACGACACCAAGGUCUUGCAGAAGCAGAGAUCAAAAACUUUUUUAAGGCCGGUGCGUUAUUUCUUCUCUUCUCAUGAUAAUCAAAUUGUGUUUAAGAGUAGGGUAGGUGGCAUGAUAAAAGCUAUAACAGAAAGUCUGGAUUCUAUUUUGCUGCAAAAGUCCAUUCUUGAAAUUUUGCCACAAGGCAGUAUCCGCAUGUCGGAACUAAGUCUCCACAGAGAGACCCACUCCCGCAAUAGUUUGGUUGUUAUAGGGAGAGAACCAGAGAAGAAUAUGAUUGUCGACAUGUUAACAAAGGAUGAUGAUGUUGAAAGCAGACAUAGCACAUUGAAGGUCAUUACCAUCGUUGGGAUGGGUGGCCUGGGGAAGACUACACUUGCUCAGCUUGUUUUCAACGAUGAGAAGGUGAAAGCUCAUUUUGCAAGUUCGAAAAUGUGGACAGUUGUUGGGGCUGAAUUUGAUCCUGCAAAGAUAAUGAAGUCUGUUUUACAACUGGCUACUGGUGCACCGGUCAACAUCUCAGAAAUAGAAUUAGUGAGGCAGAACCUAGAAACAGCAUUAUCUGGGAAGAGAUUUCUGCUCGUGCUGGAUGAUGUAUGGAAUGAAGAUCAAGAAAAGUGGGAGGUACUGAAAGCAACCUUAAUAUGUGGGGCGAAAGGAAGCAAAAUUUUGGUGACAACCCGUAGCCAAAAGGUCUCUUCAAUUAUGGGCUCAUCCAAUACCACCACCCACCAAAUACAACAGUUGUCCAAAGAUGAUUGUUUGUCCUUGUUUCAACAAUUUGCUUUUGGAGACAACGAAGCAGAUGAUCAUCAAAACUUGAUGGAAAUUGGUGGAAAGAUUGUUGAGAAAUGUGGCGGUGUUCCUUUGGCUGCCAAAUCACUUGGUAGCAUGCUUCGUGGCACUCGAGAUGAGACUUAUUGGUCCUCGGUAUUGAACAGUGAAAUAUGGCAACUCCAAGAUAAGGAACAGAAAGUGCUAGCUGUACUAAAGUUGAGUUAUGACACUCUCCCUCCACAGUCAAAGAAGUGUUUUGCAUUUGGCUCCUUAUUCCCGAAAGACUAUAGGAUGCAAAAGGAUGAAUUGAUAAAGCUGUGGAUAGCAAAUUAUGGCUUUAUACAUUCGGAAGGAAAUUUUGAUGCUGAAACAGUGGCCAACCGUGUCUUUGAUGAUCUUGUGUCGAGAUCAUUCUUUAAAGAUGAUCGUCGUGUAACCAAGUGCACGAUGCAUGAUUUGAUGCAUGACUUGGCACGAUCAAUGUCUGAAAAUGUAUAUUGGAAUGUUGAAGACUCAGUGGAAGAUAUUGGAAACAGAACAUAUCAUUUGCACCUAUACUUGGCAGAUAUAUCAAAAAUUACUCAGGCCUUAGACAAGAAGCCAUUGUACUUGCGUACCCUUAUAUUGAAUUGUUGCAAAUUAUCUCUGAAUGGCAAUCUACUUAAAAUUGACUUCUCAGAACUGAAAUUCUUGCGGGUGUUAGAUUUAAGUAACAAUGAGAUCAAGGAGGUGCCAACAUCAAUAGGAAAUCUGAUAUAUUUGAGGUACCUCAACUUAUCAAGCAAUUGUAUUGAAGUUCUACCCGACUCCAUUACCCUUCUCCCCAAUUUAAAGUAUCUCAAUCUCAGUUGGAAUAUGGAACUUCAAGAGCUACCAAAAGAUUUGGGGAAUAUGCAAAGCCUUCGAGAUCUUAAUUGCAGGCGUCAUGAUUUUCAAGAUUUUAGGUUGACACACAUGCCCCGGGGAUUGUCACGACUAACUGAUCUUCGAAGUUUACCUCUCUUUGUUGCUGGGGAUGGAACUGACGCAUGCCCAAUUACAGAACUUGAGAAGUUAAAACUUCAUGGAGAAAUGGAUAUCAUAUUUUCCGAGAAUUUUACUAAUUACUCUUGUGGUGGACUAAAAAUCUUGAAGAAUAAAGACCUUAAUAAACUAUGCAUAAAGUUUAAUGGUUCAGAAAAAUACGACGAGGCCAUGUUGGAUGAUCUUUGUCCCAACACAAGCUUAAAGAAGUUGUGUCUAAAGGAUUAUGAGAGCCGACAAUUUCCAGCAUGGUUGAUGGAGUCACAGUUGCCAAAUUUGGUUGAAGUGAGCCUUAAAUGCUGCUGUGGUUGUGAGCACAUUCCUCCGUUUGGAGAUCUACAGUUUCUUAAGAAGCUUGAAUUAUGCAAAAUGGAUGGCAUCACACAGAUGGGUGCUGAGUUCCAUGGGGACGGAGGCUUUCCUUCCCUUCAAGAGCUCUGCUUGACUCGGAUGGAUAAUCUAGAGGCAUGGUCAAAGUCUGAUGGUGACGAUAAGUUGUUCCCUUCACUGCAGUUGUUGCGGCUUUCUGAUUGUCUUAAAUUGAAAAUUAUGCCGAGGCUUCCUACAAUCCAACACCUUGAGAUAUCAUGCUGUAGAGGGAGCCUACUCUCAUGCAUCGGAAGUCUGACUUCUCUUUCGGAUCUCAAAUUGGAUAAGAUGCACGACAUGACAUUUUUUCCAAGUGGUUACAUCAGAAACCUCACAUCCUUGGAGGAAUUACAAAUUACAGAAUGCAGACAACUCCAAUCUCUUCCUGGGGAUGAAAUGCAGCACCUAAAAUUGCUUCGUUUAUUGACCAUUAAAGGUUGUCCGAGUAUAAUAUUGCAGCUAGAAGAACUCGUACAAAUCUUGAAUUCAGUACAAGAGUUCCAAAUACAGAUUUGUGGCAACACAGUCGAUUUACGUGGGCAACUGCAAUCCUUACAUACGCUCAAAGAAUUGUGUCUACGCGGUGCACAUGGAUACAAACCGAAGUACGGAAUCGCAAAAUUAGAAAUUUGUUGUUGUGAUGAUGAAUUGGAUCCACUGAUGACAGCAGAACCAACAAGCAGUGUGCUAGAAAAACUAUACAUAGAUGAUUUUUCCAAUCUCAGGACUUUGCCUCACUGGCUGCAGCAUCUCAAGUCUCUUAGUUUACUAUCAAUCGAGAACUGCCCACGAUUACAAAGUGUGCCUGAUUUGAAGAAUCUACCUAUGUUGAAAAGUUUGAGGGUUUUCGAUUGUCCAGAAUUGGAAAGAAGAUGCGAAAAGAAGACAGGCAAAGAUUGACCCAUCAUCUCACAUCUUCCCUGUGUUAAUAUUUAACAGCUCCUCGUAUUCAACCGGACAGGGUUAGAAAGGAUAAAAAGUCGAGGGAGCUGGCUGAGCAUAAGAUCAUGGUUAUUUUUUAUAGGUGCAUCUGAUGUGCUUUAUGAAUUAAGUUGUUCGCAUAUAUAUGAUUUAUUAUAUAUAUGUCACAUUACUACUUAUUUUGUUGUGGGAUGCAUUGUGAUUUUUCUCUUUUAAGGAUUAUUACUAUGUUGUGUGGAAUUUUUUUGUUGUUUUAUGAUGUAUAAUUAUGUAAUAAAUAAACAAUUUGAUAUUGAGUGACCGUUUU